AUGCCAUACGAAGGCUCAAAGAAUAGUGUUCUACCACAAGAAGACCGGUCGCAAAGCCCACAAACGACUCACGACGAAGACACGUCCCUCUGCCUCAUUUCAGGACCCACCGAUCCGAAAGCCCCUGCCCCAGAAUUCUACGCAUUUCUAGAACAAUUCGAAGGCUACCCAGGUGGUCCAUUCGUCUAUGGAAGACCAGUCGCAUUUCACACCGGAACAGACCGCGUAAACUGGACCCCCUACCUACUUGACGCAAACGAGAUGAGUACAUUUGCCGAGUUCUGGAAAGGAAAGAAGCAUGGUAAACGAACAUGGCUCGGACUGUUCACGACGAUAGUGGAAAGCACGGUGGCUGCCAACUGGUGGGACCAGGUGUGGCACUGCUGGGGAGUUGCAGUCAUUACGGGCAGCAAAGGCAGAGGCAAGCACCUGCUUAUCUACGACUGCGAUCCGGUGCCAGACGCGGCUUCAAAGCGACGAAGGGAUGUUCUACUCGGCUAUCAACAACGACUCGUGGCCUUUGCAGAAGCCCAGGCGACACUACUAGGAGUUUGGUACAACACCGACGACUCAGGCACAGGACAGAACCGAUGCGUCACACACACCUGCGAGUGGAUAAAAAGAAUGGUCAUGAGCGGCGAUAGACCGCUAGAAGACGACGACGAACGGAUUCAGAAUUACAUUAGGUUAGAUAGACGCUAG